AUGUCCGCAACACCAAGCGUCGAUGAAGUGCACGAAGACAGGGGCGCGGAAGAGAACAGCCCUCAAGAGGCGACCGACGAAAACGCAAAAGUCCCCCCGGAGAGUAAGCCUUUUCUACCGAACGCGAUCAAAAAUCGCCUCGAAGACCAAAUGAACCACGAAGAUUUAGAGCUACUGGAACGGAUCUUCGAGGAGGCAGAUGAAGACGGAGGGGGCGGGCUAGAUUUAGAUGAAUUCCGGGAGGCAUUGAAGAGAAUUAUUGCUAACAAAGGCGGGAAUUUGCCAGACGAAGGUGAACUGGCGAUUAUAUUCAUGAAAGUGGACGCGAAUUGCGACGGCACGGUGGACUGGGAAGAGUUUUGUUCGUAUAUGUUGAUGGAGAACCAGCUCAAAGACGUCAUGAGCAGGUAAGAGACUGGGAACGAGAUUGUGUGUGGUAAUGUUUGGAGACAUUUCCUCUUCCGCCACAAAAUUCUGAAAAUUUCACUGUCUUUGGCGAGACAAAAUCAGGUCUUUAUUACUCAGUGAGUCUUCGAGUUAUGUUCACGUAAUUUCGGCGACAGAUACAUCUGUCUUUCGUCUUUGCCCGUGUUAAAAGUCAUGGCGAUAGCUUUCUUUCUAUAGAAUUCACUGUAAACACGAACUAUCCACACCAACAUAGCUGGAAUGGUGUAUAUUUGCAAUGUUUCUGGGUACUAACUGGCCUGAAGCUUCGGGAAUGGACAACUUGCAUGUUAGACAAAAUUUUAAUCUAAAUGGAAGAGAACUAAGAGAAGGGAAUCAAACACCGCAGACCACAGCUAAAAAGAACAUAAUGAAUUAGUAAAAUUGCAAAAUUUGGUUGCGAAAUGUUGUAAAGCUUGGAAGAUAUAGUCUUGCAAAGUUUGCAAAUUUUGUAUAUGUUUGUAUUACGUGCGGAAAUGAAAUUGGUACCAUUUUCGGCUCAAAAAUGGUAUCAAUUUCCGCACGUAAUACAAACAUAAUUAUACAAAAUAAACAAACUUUGCAAGGCUAUAUUUUCUGUAUUUUACAACAUUUUAUAACCAAAUUUUGCAAUUUUACUAAUUUUAAUAAGUUCUUUACUGGAAUUUACUUUUCUUUGCCUAAAUAAAAAAUUAGCUUAACAUGCAAGUUGUCUAUUAGAGUUGUUUUCAGAAUCAUCAUAUAAACUAUCUGUCGUUCAGAAAAAUCAUCCAUCUCUCAUUUAUGUUUCUUUUGCAGCGAUCUCGGGGUUGAUGCUCCAUUUCCGAACCCUCUCCGAGAACUGCAGAGCAGCCAUCGGGAUACGGUCGUGCGUAUCUCGUAUUUUCCGAAGAUAUCGUACGGUCCCGAGGAUUUCGCGGACGGAACGUCAGGCAGGUAAUGUGGAAACACUCCUUCAUUUUUCAACAUAAUUUUUGACAUAAUAAACUUGUACCAUAUUUUAUUUGAAACAUCGAAAAGUAAUUGAAAAACAAGGCAGUAGCCGAGUUUUUUGAACACAGGUUUUAAACAACCUUGUCACAUCAAGUUACCAACUUUUCAUAACAAGUUACAAUCUUGUCUCAAGAAGUUAUACAUUUGUUACAACAAGUUGCAAACUUGUUACAACAAGUUACAAUCUUGUUACAACAGGUUACAAGCCUGUUACAACGAGUAAUGAAGUUUUAUAACAAGUUACAAUCUUGUCGUAACAAGCUAUUUUGUUACAACAAGUUGCAAACUUGCUUACAACAGGUUACAAAUUUGUCACAACAGGUUACAAGCUUGUUACAACAAGUUACAAAUUCGUUACAAACUUGAUAUAACAAGUUACAAAUUAUGUUUCAUCUUAGAUACGUGGCUGUAAGUCGAGAUGGUGUAAUGACCUUUUGGAAUAUGGAUCUGAACCUACAACGUACGAUUCUGUUAAACGAAGGACACUACAACUCUCCCAAGGGCAACAAAACUGUUUGGGUCACUGACUGUGUCGUUCUGGCGAACGUGAAGAAAAUUGCUGUCUCUACAACCGAACGAGAUAUUGCUUUCUACGACUGCGCCGCGAAUAAUUUCGAGAAGCAUUUUGUUGUCUGCGGUUUCCAGCAUUCAGUACUCUGUAUGGAUUAUUGGUACAACCCAGAGAACUAUAACGAAAGCGCGCUGUAUUUUGGUGAUAUGAAUGGCCAAGUUUAUGUAUUGAUUUUCUCCUCAGCUACCACAGGUUAGCAAUGCUUGUCUUUUCUUUUUGGCUUUUUUUUAAUAAAGCUUUAUUUGCAUAACCUAAUUACAGGUAUUGCUAAGCGUAUAUUUAACUAGUAUAAAAACUACUUUAACUAACGAAAAACAACAAUAUACUGUUAUUUACAUGUAAAAAAAAAGCUUCGGUCGGAACAAAUUUUCUAUAUUUCUUGGUUACAUUAACCGUUACAAAAUAGCAAAUAGCGAGCUUAAUUAACACGGACGUCAGAUUGCCGAGGGGGACUGGAUUAGGGGGAAGGGGGCGGGGGGUGGUGGUGUCAGUUUGUUGCAAUCUUCAACACAUAUGACAAAACAUAAGAUUGCUAAAGUUGUUUGCUACACGAGCGUUAUGAUACAAAAUGUCGCCAAAAUUAUUUACACGAAUUUUCGGAUGCAGUCCGUGUUGACAAGAAUGUCGCUUCGUUAAGCUCACUAGUAAUGGAGCUCAACUUCACAGUUUCAGAACUUUUGACACUUAUAAGAAAAGCAAGAAAAUUAAACUGUGUCGCUCAUUUCUAUUUGCCACCAAAUAGAAUACUAAAUAAAAUGGAAGGAAUCUACAUCAUUUACUCACUCAGCAUACUUAUUACAAAGUUGUUCCGCGCACCACGCUGUGUUUGCUAUAUGCUUGUUCCUGGACAAAUUUACUCUUUUGUGUUCUCCCCAGAAGUCGAGUAAGGGCCAUCCCUUCAUGAUCUAUAUAGUUUUACUCCAGGUGAAAAUCUGAACUAUAAACUAACUUUGCUUUCACUGGAUAGCUCAAUUGUUUCCAAACCAUUAUUGUCACAUGCGACUGUGGCGAAUUACAAUCUGACAACUGCGCGUAUUCAGGAACACAGUAGUUCUAGAUUCAGUCUUAGUGGUAAACAGCCAGGCUGCAUGUGAGGCUAUGUAGAAUUUGUGAACAAGCUUUCGUGGGUAGGGAAGCAACUACCUGAAAAAUAUAAGGAGAAUUUCGACGUUUCGAGCGAAGGCCCUUCCUAGUAGCUCCAGACGAAGGGCCUUCGCUCGAAACGUCAAAAUACUAUAUUUUUCAGGUAUAGUUACAUCGCUAGCAACGAAAGCUUGUUCAUAUUAUUGACACUAUACCUACACUGGGACAGACAGAUCAAGAUUAUGUAGAAUUUAGUACUUUAUUAAGAGGAGAUUUUUUGUAUGUCACGUAACACGCGCUCAAAACUAAUGCGUAUAAUAUAUCACUUGAGGUUAUGACUAAAUUCAAAAUUUUGUUUUUCGACACGUUUCUCAAUCGGCAAACAAUCUUAAACAGUAUGUUUGGUGCUUUAUCUGCAAAAUAAUGCUAAAAUGAAGAGAUUUUAGAUUAUACGCCAAAGAGAGAAUGAUGUCUGAAGUUCAGUAAGUUUUGCUUAUAUGGCUGUAAAUAUGGCGUCAAUUUUAAAGCAUCAUUGAUAAUUGUAUUUUAAUUGACAAUUUUUAACUAUUAUUUUAUGUUUCUCAACCGGCAGAUACAUUUUAAAAGGUAGAUCGAUAACUCUAUAACCUGGCGAAUAAAGCUAAAACAAAGUAACUUUGAGAAGAACCAUGCAAAAAGAUUUUAGGUUUUGAACACUUUUCAUUGCAAAUACGUGACAUUGAAAAAAAUUGCCUCUUAAUAGGUUGAUAUUUUCUGUGUAGGUCUGUUCGACAUCCACGUUGCAAAAAACCAAGGCGUCCCUAUGGCAUCAUAUUGCCGGAUCAUGUUUAAGGAGUUGGUGAAAGGCUUACACCCGAACGUGCGGGCUAUGCAGUUUUCCCUUCACGAUGACUGGGUGAAGAAAGUGAAGUACUACCCGAGCCUGCAGUGCUUUAUAUCCUGCGCAACUACAAGCGAGAAGUCACUGUAUGUUGGCGAUGCGAUGAGAAAACGAAUUAGCUCGUAUAUCAAUAUACGCAAGGGUGUCCUGUGCUUUGAUUACUGCAGCACAUGGAAUGUUAUUGUGACUGGAGGGAUAGAUCACUACGUUCGUCUUUGGAAUCCAUAUUUAACCACUAAACCCACCUCUACCCUCAAAGGCCACUGCUCUGCCGUUAUUCAUAUCGCAGUGAAUGGCUCGAACGGACAGUUCAUCAGCGUGUCCCAAGACAAGGUACUUUGAUACACAUAAUCGGCUAACGUAUUUAUGUCCGUUGAAACCCAGUCCACUCGCAUGUAUCAGGGCUCAAAAUAACGAGAGAUGGGUCUCCGGUCAAAAUGACCGGUCAACGUGAUUUUAGCUCCGUCAAAAUCUGUUUUUGACCGGUCAUUGAUACGCUUAUACUAACAGUUAAACAAACAAGAAACUUGUUUCGAUACAUCAUAGUUUCAUGUUUUAAUUCAAGACGUCAGCAAUCACAUUGGAAGGUAUGAAAAUGUGGCCGAUCAAAAUGACCGGUGAGGAAAAAAAGUGACCGGUCAAGAGGCAUUUUUGGCGGGUCAUUGUCCGUUGACCGACCGUUAUUUUGAGCCCUGUGUAUAAUUUAAAUACUUGACUACUUUCGUUCCAUUCCAUGCUAUCAUCAGAACAGUGGUAACUAGCCUAGUUACUAGGCAUGUAAUUUCGCUUCAGUAGCGCGUGAGAGAGUGUAAUCUUCCAGGGGGUUUUUCGUACUCAGGUUUCCUAUUGUAGCAACACACUGGAUUACGCUUACUCGCCCUUAGAGAGAACCAUUUAGAACUGAUAGAGCUAUAAAAUUUAAAUAAAGUUUAGAUUUUCUCCUCUAGUCACACUGGAUUAAUAAGAGAUGACCCUUACUGGACUUAAUCUAGGGAGAAACUGAUGGAGUUGUCCAGUACAAAUCUCAAACUCAUUAAUAAUUCACGAGUAAAUUAGCCAACCAUAUUGCUUUAUUUUGCUCACAUGAUAAUACUGGAUACCUGAUGAAGUAUAUUGAUUCAGUUCCUAGGACUGGUUCAAAAUUAAUUCAGUCCUUGGACUGGAUCAAAAUUAAUUCACCUCACUUGAAGUAGUGAUUUAUUCGUAUGAGAUGUCAUUUCAAAUACUCGGACUGGACUAAAUUUCAAGUCCGCUCAUUGAAAUCUAGUCCAGUCCUCAUAGUCGGAUUUGAAAUAUUCCAUAAAGUCAAUUCCGUUUAAAUGUUAAUGGAUUUUGACAGACGUACAAUAAUUAUCACGAUUUCUUUCCUAGGUGUUGAAAGUUUGGGACAUAAGAGAUGUAUGCUGUAUACAAACCAUUCCUAGUCGUCUUCUCACCCCAGGCCCCGUGGUUAUAUCCAGUAUCUACUUUAAUGCCAAGAAUCACACGUUAUUACUGGGCACCAAUGUACUUUUCGCGCUCGAGAAGAAAGGUAGGACGGUUAUCUUGAUAUUUAAACAUGUAUGGAAAGGAUAGAAAUCCGUUAAAACCUAAUAAAAUGUUCGAUAAAUGGUUCACCCAGCUUCAGGAAACGUGGCUAGGAAACAGUGUUUCCUGGUUUGUCCACCUUCAGGAAACAUGUUCCUGGUUUGUCCACCUUCAGGAAACAUGGCCAGUGUUUCCUGGUUUGUCCAUCUUCGGAAAACAUGGGUAGGAAACAAUGUUUUCUGGUUUGCCCAAUGCCCACCUUCAGGAAACAUGGCUAUAAAACAAUGUUUCCUGCUUUGCCAACCUUCGGGAAACAUGGCUAAGAAACUAUGUUUCCUGGUUUGCCCACCCUCGGGAAAUAUGGCUAGGAAAUAAUGUUGCUAGUGUCUUCAGGAAACAUUGGUAGUUUUUCCUGGUUUGUCCACCUUCGGGAAACAUGGCUAGCAAACAACGUUUCCUGGUUUGUCCACCUUCAGGAAACAUUGAUAUUUGUUAGUGUUUGCUCGUUUGUCCACCUUCGGAAAACAUGGCUAGGAAACAAUGUUUCCUGCUUUGGCCACCUUACGGAAACAUUACAGUGUUUCCUGGUUUGUACACCUUUGGACAAACAAUGUUUCCUGUAAACAAUGUUUCCUGGUUGCCCUGAUCACAUCCUGAAUCCACAACGAGAAAGAGGCUUAAUGUUAACCAAGAAAUACUGAAAUAUUUUUAUAAUUGUAGGAUCUGAGAAAAGCUCGGACGAUAAGGAACGCAGCAGCCACAUCAAGCCACUUUGUAAAGCAUUAUACAACAGUCUAUUUAACCAAGUGGUCAGCGCCUGUCACGCGUCGCUUGUCAUAGUCUGGAAUCUGGAAACGGGUGAGAAGGUCAUCCAGUUCUCAAAUGCACACCCGCACUCCGAAAUCACAGCGAUGUGCUUCGAUCAGAGUAUGCGCAGAUUGGUGACAGGUAUGAUGUCUUAUAUUACAUUAUUACAUUAGGCUUCUCAGUGACCGAUUACAUCAGGUAUAGUACGCUUACUUGCGUUACUUUGUUAGCGAAGACUAUUUAUCUUUACAACAAUUGUGAUUAUACUUUCUUAACUGUGUUUAUCCUAACCCACCCUGUCAACUUUCCCUGUGGGAGGAAACCGGAGCACCCGGAGAAAACCCACGACUUUCGGCAGAGCGUUGACAGACUCUUUUCACAUGAGUCCGUAUUGAGAAUCCAACCCACGAUCUCAGAGGUGAAAGACGCUUGCUCUGCACAGUUUGACCAUAUAAAUAAUAGAUAUAGAAUGCGUAUACUUGAUCACGAAUCAUGUCUCCACCUUUUCUCAUGUGCGCCCUUAUAAGUCCGCCAUAUUGAAUUUUACUAGGAGUGAAACUACAAGAUAUAAACAAGCUAAAAUUAAGUUUUCAUAAAAAAAAACCCCCAAAAAAACAAAACAAAAAGACUAAGUUUAAUAAAACUAAGUUUUUCGAAACGUUUUGUCUUGCUGUCUAAUUUGUAGUUUGGGGAUAGAUUUUGAAAUAUUAAGUUUCGGCUUUGAAGGCACAAAGCAAAUGUAAGUUCUGCAUCAGUUGUGCAGUUACAAAAACGGUGAAAAUCGCGCAGCCUUGUAAAAACAAAGUAGUUUUGCGUAAAUAUAAUUUGCUCAUAGAACAUUUUUGCAUGCUCUGAGCGUCACUGUUUUGCUAAUAUCUUAUGAAAUUACAAAAUGAUAGUUUAUUCUUCGUCGGGUUUCGUUUUUCUUCAAAUUAAAUGGAGUGUCUACAGUUUUAAAACAAAAAGUAUUUGGUUGUAGAUGAACUGUAAAUUGCCUAAAUAAUCGUUGAAAACUGUGGUUUCAAAGGCGUUGCCUCAAGGCUCAGGCAACGUAGAAAAAUAUGAAAAGUAAUUGUGUAAGUUUAGAAAGAUUACUGAACGCCAUUUAUAUUAUGCAACAGUUCAAAUAUAGCCAGAAUUCCCUUAUAAAAUCUGUGGAGACAUUUUUACUGAGAAAAGAUAGGAGUACGCAUUCUAUGUCUAUUAUUUCUGUGGACCUCGAAUUUUAAAUUUUAAAUCAUUACACCAUUUUCUUUAACUUUCGUUAUUUUUUUGUAACUUUAAUAUUUCCACACUAAAAACAGGAGCACGCGACGGUUCGGUGAAAAUUUGGAAUUUCAACAACGGGAAUUGCUUGAGGACGUUGACACCUGUGGAUGAUGAAGAGAUAACGGGAAUAGUGUGUACAAAACAGAGGAUAAUUACAGUUGGAUGGUCGAAGAAAGUCGCGAUAUAUAAGGAUUCCAGGGGUGAUGAGGUGAGAUUUUAGGACAGUCACGUGUCGUGCUCUUUUGAAUCCAGGUUAUCCUAGAUUAACAUGACCAUUUAUUCAUUGCCUUAAACCAUUUUUAAUGGAAUAAAUCGAUGAAGCCUGUCGAACAUCAGCCGGAAGUACAUUCUAGAACUUAGCUCUGUUGUAUUUGAACGCAUUUUUUUGAGAGAUUUUCUUUUUGGCAUUGGAAGUGACCGAUUUAUAUUAUUAUUUCUGAGAUCAUAUGCUGUUUGCAUAUCACUUCUCGAAAUAAACAUUUGUUUCAAAUUGGGAGCACACCGGUUAUUAUAAGGAUUUUAUAAAGAAAGAUAGAUUUGUGCAGGUCACAUCUUACAUUCAGAGGUUUCCAAAGUCGUGUUUACACUACCAGCCUUGGCCUGGCCUUGACCUACAUUUUUACAGUGUAAACAGACCUUGGCCUAGCCUUGGCCUCUGGGUAUAGAACAGUUGAGAAAUAUAUAUCUUGUACUUUUCCAGGAAGAAUGCGAGCCUCGCGUGUGGAGUAACUUCCACAAGGACGACAUCCUCUCAAUAGAUCUCUACGGCACAGGGACACUAGCUACAGCCAGUUACGAUGGCGAUAUCAAAGUCUGGAGUUUAGAGACGUUUCAAGUCACGUGUGUUCUGAAUGCCAAUGAUUAUCCACGAGAACGACGUCAGUCUUUGAUACCCACGGACCUUAAGAAAAAUGUAUGUAUUGAUGAGUUUCAGAAAGCGUUGCGGGGCAAAUCUACACAUGUAAAACGCACAAGUUGUAACAAACCUGCAGCAGACUUGUAGCAAUUGCUGUUCCAACAUCUUGUCAACAGGAUGUGUUCGCACUGCUUGUUCCCAGCUUGUGGAUAACUUGCUACAAGGUUGUUGAGCUCAACAGACUUGUUACAAGUUGUUCCAACAACUUGUUAUCGUCCUGCAAUUCAACAAUUUGUCAACAAGUUGUGAGUGACAAGCUUGUAGCAACUUAAUGAAAUAACAGCAUUGUUACAACUUGUUGACAAGCUUGCUACAAGCCUGUUGCGAACACAUCCUGUUGACAAGUUGUGAGAUUUUUACGUGUGUAGAACGCCCAAUGUCGUACCAAUAAUUUUCUCUGUUUUAAGGUAAUGGUAAGCAACGUGAUCUUCACUGACUUGAAAAAACAAGAAGCUUUAGAAAAAGCAGACGAAGAAACGUUAAGAUGUCAACAGCCCGUUAUGAAAUUUAAACGAAGUAAAAGUUUCUCGUAUCGUCGACGUUCAAGUGUCGGCUUGCGUAGAGCCAGCGUCAUGAGAAGAAAAAGUAUUGAUCCUAUGUGUAUCAAGGUGAGAUUUAAUGACUUUGUUUCCAUGACUGUUUCUGCGUUUGGCCACACAAGCAAACAAUCGUCCUCGGCUGAAAUAUUUGAUCGUGAAAAUUGCUAAUCUAAUAGAAUGAAUCGUAAAUACAACUUUACAUACACUGAAUACAUUGAUCAGUUCUAAAAUGUUCUUUCUCGAGAUCCAGUAAGAAUCGUUCCUUCUUGUCGAGUGUUACUACAGUAGGAAACCUAAACUAAACUAAAGUAACUUUAUUUAUACUGUAUUGCUCUGUCAGUUCUAAAUUGUUCUCCCUAGAGGUCCAAUAGGAAUCAUUCCUUACUCGUCCAGUGUUACUAGUACAGGACGAAACCUGAACUAAACCUCAUUUAUACUCAAUUCUUAACUAUUCUUUCUAGAAGUUAAGUAAAGGUCCUGCCCUUAUUAGCCAGUGUAACUACAGGAAGAGAAAGCUAAAUUGAACUAACUUUAAACUGAAUAGUUCCAUCAAUUCUAAACCGUUCUUCCUAGCCAAGUAACAGAAGGGGGCAAACCUAAACAUAUACAGGAUUGUUCUAUCAUUUUAAACUGUUUUCCCCCAAGAUCCAGUAAGAUCCAUCUUUUAUAUUUCCACUUUUACUACAUCAUCUUUUGCAGGUCAACGUAAAAGAGACUGACCAUGACUCGGGCGUCGAUUGCGUGUUGUUCCUACAAAGUCGUACCCAUGCCACUGACACGGCCACGCUGCUGAGUACUGGAUCGGGCGGCUGGAUCCGUGCUUGGUCUAUGUUUGGUGGGGGACUGGCUGGUGAAUUCAUGGCUUCGAAUAACCAUCGAGAGUCUAUACUAUGUAUGACUAGCGAUGAGAAUAACGACCUGCUUAUGACCGGAGACACACAGGGUUAUAUUAAAGUAUGGAACAUUAGUAAAUACUGCAUACGAGAGGACAGCGAUGAGGGUACUUUACCCGGAGACAAAAACCGUAGUGGGAAACUUACCUCCGGUGGCAAAACACCUAGACAUGUGACUUUUUCUGAAAACAAGCCAAGGAGAAAAAUUUGUGGUAAAGCCCCACCGUUGGUUUUUUGCUUGCGUGCACAUUUGCAACCGAUUAUAAGUAUCGAUUUCGUUUCGAAGUGUCGAUUAUUGAUUACAGCGUCUACCGACUGUUCGUUACGAUUGUGGCGUAGUAAUGGGCAGUACGUCGGUACAUUUGGCCAGCGCAACGCGUGGAACCUAAAGGCGGAUGGCGACGGUGAGGUACCUUUCGACUUACAGAGAGCAGCUUCGGCGAAUUCCAUGAGAUUGAUGCAGUCUACGUCUCGCAAGCGUUGGAGUAUUGCUAAGAGUUUCCUGCAGGUAGCUGGCCGGCUAAACGUAAUGCUUUCCAAGCAGGGAGACAAUGCCGGACAGGAUCGAGAGUCAAGCGCGACUAAAAGCGCAGCACUACGCGAAGCUGAGUGUCGUAUCGAUAUGAAUAAUAUCUUAGGUAAGUUCUACGAGCCUAGAACUCGACAUUCAUGUUGCUGUAGCCUGUAGGGCCAGCUCUGUUCACAGCUGUUUUCCUUCGAAGUGCAUGCAGUAAAGACCAUCCCUUGUUGGUCAAGUGAUACUGAACUACCUACCUUUUUCUGGAUAGGUAUGAAAGCCCAGUAUAUGACAUUCAAAUAUUAUGUCUUGUUUGAAAAUCAAAUGCUGGGCUUUAAUAUUAUUGCGCUUUCUUCGUGGUGUGUCGUUCGCUACUGGAUAGUUCUAUCAGUUUUAAACUGUUCUUUCCAGAGGUCUAUCAAGGAUCAUACCUUAUUGAUCCAGUGUUACUACAGGAAGAAAUUUGAACUAAACUAAGUUGAUUUAUACUGGAUAGCUCUAUCAGUUCUAAACUGUUCUCUCUUGACGUCCGUUAAAGGUUUUUUUUCACAUUUCUUAUUGAUCCAGUGUCACUACAGGAGGAAACCUAAAUUAAUCUAACUUUUUUAUAAUGGAUGGCUCUAUUAUUCUUUUUUGAAAUUAUAUGUCUAUUUUAUACGAUUGUUUCGUAGGAAAGUUCUACAAGCCCAAAACGCGACACCAUAUGCCUCCAAGUUUACCCAAACUUCGAAUGAGCCAGAAUCAAAUCGUAGUGUAUACUUCACUAAAGUGCAACGAACUUGCCCCCAUUGUGGAGCCCAAGGCGCCGGUCGUGACGUUUCAAACGCCAUCAAAUUCCAAACCCAGUCCCAGGGUUCCCUCGUCCAAGUCUGACAAAGAUGUCCCGGAUCACGGAAAGACACACAAUCGCAUAUCGGCAGUUAGUCCUAGAGACGCAGCGAAGACCCGGAUACGAAGUUCGCAUGGUAUUCGAAGAAUAAAAGUUCAAGAAAGCUCUUGAAUUGUUGGUGGAUUGUGGUAAAAAUAUAAAAGAAUUUUGUGCUUGUGUUUUGUUAGUAAAAAUUGUUGUCGUUACG